CUACAUUUUGCAAGGCUUUCAGCUGCGGCUUAUCUUCUGUCUCCCUCUUGUCUCUCGUCCGUCUUCUAAUCCUCCGCCUAGUGUAAAACAAUAAGAAAGGGGAGUUUAAUUAAAGGGGAAGAAAAAAAAAAGAAAAUUUUCUUCUUUCUUCCCAUUCCUUCAACCGUUUACUUUUUUCCCGCUUUGUUUUACCACAAUUUGCCAUCUAAUCCACUUUGUCUCGGCUCGGGUGGGGCUCUCAGAAGAAGUGAAGCUUUGCUGCUCUCCCCUUGCUUUCCAUUUUAACCCGCAUUGCGUGCGUCGAUCUUUAUCAAGUGGUUGUGAAGUCGCAGAGAAGAAGGGAAGAUUUCAGGGGAAGAGCUUAAUCUCCUCUGCUUCUCUUUCCUUCUUUCUCUAUCUUUCUCGCUCUGUUUUUCAAGUCAUGAGUUUGGAUCCGAUAUUGAGUUACUGACAGUCCAUCUCCUCCGCAUUUCCUUGCGUGAUUUCUCAGCAAAGCCGGCCUCCAGUUUGAAAUCGGAGCGAAAGGGGCCUGCUUGAAAGACUUUGGACUUUUGUCUUUAGCAAGGAAGCAGUGGAACCCCUUUAUAUAUGCGUGCUUCUUGCCAGAUUGGUUCUUGUAGCAUUCCUAUAUUUUCUCCUUCUUAAUCUUCAACUGAAACAUCCCCUUUUCGAGAUCUCACCUCUCUCUUUGCGGAUCGAGCAAUGGAGAGCGUGACGUCGUCGGCAGCGAUGGCGGCGCUUCCGGAAACAUUUCAGGAGGCGAGAGAUGACAUUGCCGGGCAGAUAGGGCUGAUCUGGGACCAGGUGAAGGCUCCGGUGAUCGUGCCGCUGCUGCGACUGACGGCUUUUCUUUGCCUUGUCAUGUCGGUGAUGCUUUUCGUCGAGAAGGUCUACAUGGCCAUCGUCAUCGUCGGCAUCAAGCUCUCCGGCCGCCGCCCUGAUAGGCGUUACAAAUGGGAGCCACUCCGCGAGGACCUCGAGCUCGGAAACUCCGCAUUCCCCAUGGUCCUCGUUCAAAUCCCCAUGUUCAACGAGAAGGAGGUCUACAAGCUCUCCAUUGGAGCUGCAUGCGGACUCUCCUGGCCGUCCGAUCGGAUCAUCAUCCAGGUUCUCGACGAUUCCACCGACCCCAUCAUCAAGGAUUUGGUGGUGAUGGAAUGCGAGAGAUGGGCGAGCAAGGGGAUCAAUAUAAGGUACGAGAUAAGGGACAACAGGAACGGCUACAAAGCCGGAGCGCUGAAGGAGGGGAUGAAGCAUAGCUACGUUAAGAACUGUGAUUUCGUCGCCAUCUUCGACGCCGACUUCCAGCCCGAGGCCGACUUCCUCUCCCGCACCGUUCCUUUCCUCGUUCACAACCCCCAACUCGGCCUCGUUCAAGCUCGCUGGAAAUUCUCAAACUCCAACGAGUGUCUGAUGACGAGGAUGCAGGAGAUGUCCCUGGAUUACCACUUCACUGUUGAGCAAGAGGUUGGGUCCUCCAUGUAUUCCUUCUUUGGCUUCAAUGGGACUGCUGGAGUGUGGCGGAUAUCGGCGCUAAAUGAAGCAGGAGGUUGGAAGGAUCGGACCACUGUGGAGGACAUGGACUUGGCUGUUCGAGCAAGUCUCAAAGGUUGGAAAUUCGUAUACCUCUCAGACCUUAAGGUAAAAAAUGAAUUGCCAAGUACAUUCAAAGCUUAUCGAUACCAGCAACACAGGUGGUCAUGUGGUCCUGCAAACUUGUUCAGGAAAAUGCUUAUGGAGAUUAUAAGAAACAAGAAAGUAUCUCCAUUUAAGAAAGUACAUGUCAUCUACAAUUUCUUCUUCGUUCGAAAGAUCGUCGCUCAUAUCGUCACCUUCGUCUUCUAUUGUGUGGUCAUCCCUGCAACUGUCUUAGUUCCUGAAGUAGAAAUACCAAAGUGGGGUUCUGUAUAUAUCCCCUCCAUUAUCACCCUUCUUAAUGCUGUUGGAACUCCAAGGUCUCUCCACCUGAUAGUAUUCUGGAUCCUUUUUGAGAAUGUCAUGUCUUUGCACAGAACAAAGGCAACCUUUGUAGGCCUCUUAGAGACUAGCAAGGUUAAUGAAUGGAUAGUCACUGAAAAGCUUGGAGAUGCAUUAAAGACAAAAGCUAUCACUAAAGCGUCUAAGAAACCGAAAAUACGAAUCGGCGAUAGGUUGCAUGUGUUGGAGCUAGGGGUGGGAGCCUUCCUUUUCUUCUGUGGGUUCUAUGAUUUGGGAUUUGGGAGGAACCAUUACUUCAUAUACCUCUUUCUCCAAGGCUUUGCCUUUUUUGCAGUUGGUUUUGGAUAUGUAGGCAUAUUUGUUCCUCACUCCUGAAACUAAAUUAUGGCAAUCUCCCUUCGAUAUGCAGCAAUAGGCGUUAGAAUCCUCCUCCAGCUUGUUAUUUUGUGAAAGGCAGGGCUUGGUAGUCAUGAGAAAACAUGUACCAGAUAAGUUAUUCUGGCUUCGUUUGAGACGGCUUUCUUGCUGCUUCUUAAAGCAGCUUUCUAGAAAGCCGUCCUAAACAAAGCCUAUGUGAAUAUUCAAGUACCAGCACCAUGGCUAUAGCAUUGUAUAACAUUCAAAAGAUGAAGUAAACAAAUAGGUAGUUUUCCAUCUGAUGCAGAAGCAGAAAGCAGCAGCAGCCACAGCAGAAAAAGAAGAUUGCUGAGAUUGUAAGCUGAGCAAAGUGUAGGCAAACAAGUCUUGUUUGAUUUGUAUUUUGCUCUGUAAUUUUGUUUUUUUUUU